GACAGCGGCCGCCAGCGAAGAACAACACCACGCCCGAAGGACCUUCCCGACGCGUGCCCUUCCCACCCGUGCCGCCGCCGCUAACGGCACACACGCGCAUGGCGGCCGGCACCGAGAGACGCAGCUGUCGCCUGGGGAGCCACGUGCUUCUGUCACGCUCUUGCGGCACGCUGUUCAUGUCUAGCGCCGCUUGAAUUGAGGGCCCACGGACUCGCCUGGCCCCCUGUUGCGCCUGGGCAUGGCGGCCGACGUGAGCAUGCUGUUUUGCAGUGAUGGUCGUGAGUGGGGAAGCUACUUGACUGACUGCUUCCGGCAGCAGGCUCUGACCGUUACCCAGGAGGCCCUGGACGCCAUCUCGCUUCCAUUACCCCAGGACAGGGCCAAGGCAUUGGGAGUGGCUAAGGUCUCUCUCCUGAUCGUGUCUCCAGACCUGUUGGAGCUGUUGGACCGGCGUGGCGCUGAACUUUUCUCGGUGGGUCGAUUACUCGAAGCGGAUCGUGGCCUGGCUAUGCUGUGCGGCGUCGAUCCGCACGAGCUGGGCUCGUCCCUCCGCGCCGCCUUCCCCAACUUCUCAUCGUGGCCGCAGCUGGAGGCUCGCAACCAGGACCGCGAGUUUGUCAUACGACUCGUCGAGACGGCUCGCGAAAUUGUGGAGCGUUCUGAUCAAACCAUGCGGGGCUCGGGAGCUGGAACGGCCCAGUUCCGCCUCUGUCCGCGCAAAGUGCACCAGGGAAACUCGAAGGUGUUUGCCAUGCUGAACGAGCCAGUGGAACAGAACCAGAAGUUUCACGUGCUCUUCGAGAGUUCUGGGAUGCAGGAGCUACCUGUAAAAUGGAGGAAUCCGUACAUUCUACAGUUUACAGUUCCUGAGACGUUCCUGCAGGUGUCGAAAGUGGUGAACGUACAGCUCCAUUGCGAUGGCGCACUGCUGGGCGUGCGCCAGCUCAAGUGCGAGUCUCAGAUGUCGCAGCUGCACUCUCUGCUCCAGUCGGCCACGUCGCCGUAUGAGAUGCUGAGCCUGACGCUAGGCCUAGCCACGCUACACGACGUGGACAUGGCGCUGGCAACCAACCUGCGCCGCAACUUGCCCGCGAGGGGCUUCCACCUGCUUGGGCCGCAACAGCAAGCCGCCCCUGAGAAGAAGCGCUGUGAGGAGCUCUUGCCAACUCUUCUGCACUUUUCUGCACACUACGGACUCCACGAACUGAGCCAGGCACUCCUGCAGUGUCCAGGUGCCACCGCCUGCUGUCAGAUGCUGAACUGCAAAGGCCACUCGCCUGCUCAGCUUGCAUCGAAUGCGGGUCAUCAUCGGCUUGCUAUCACAAUCAAUGAUUUUCAAGCCAGAGCGACUACACCUGCGGUGGAAGAAGACGCCCCAGUACUCCCUCCUGCGCGAGUCCAGUCAAACCCGGGUAGAGGCAGUCCGCCUCGGAUGCACUAUGAGAACAUCACUGUGGGUGGUCACUACGCGAGUCCUGGCGCCGCUCGAGGCGCUCCCGUGUGCAAUCCGUCGUAUGGCCUGGCACCACCUUUGCCUUCGUCCGCUGCACCAGAGCCACCGACCGUUGACGAUGACCAGGAGGCCGAGUAUCUGAGCAUGCUGCCACAGAUCAACGUGCCUCUUAAAGGACAAAGCUUUGCACCAAGUCAAAGUGAUCAAGGUGAAGUGAAAAAUGAAACGAAUUCCACAAGUGGACAAACUGAUCAAGGCAUGCCGGAAAUGGUCUUCUCAAAUACACAAGAGGACCUCGUUCGAAUAAUAGAAAUGUACAAGAAGGGCAUUCCCUUCUCGCAGAUUGAGAAGCUCUUUGAUUACUGGAAGAAGAACAACGAAAACUCCAAAAACAGCGAAGAUAGCAACCUCCAGGCUCUUCGUGAGCUUUACAAACAGAAGCAGCGUUCAGCGCAGGCAGCAAAGCAGUCAUUCAGUCUCAGUGACCUACGACAAAUCAUCACCGGCAAAGGAAACAGGCGUGGAAGCCGAAGUCGUGACAUCCAGCACACGACACUGCCUAACAUGAAGCAAGACGACUCCUCUGAUGGCUGUCGACGCGUCAGCACGCUUAGUGCCGUCUCUACAUCCAGCAGUGGCAGUUCCAGUUCAAGCGACCGCCUAAGCACGCUAAGUUCAAUGAGUGCGUAUGACAGCGGGGCGCAUUCAGACUCGUGCGAGGAAGGACGGCCGCCGCCGCGGCCCCCGCGACUGCCGGCGCCGCGUAACCCCAAGACGGCGAUGCACCAGUACUACGCCUUUGCGCCAGGCAGCGCCGACCGGAAGGCAUCCCACCCCCACUCUCCGGCUUCCUCGCAGGUCGGAGAUGUUGCAGCAUCCACCAUCUCGGAAGUCAGGGCGAACAGCAUGCCGUCCAGCAUUUCGCUGCAUGGAAAUAUGAGCUCACCAGCCAAGCCUGCGGUGGUGAACCCAUCGGCAGGCGUGUACUACGACAUUCCGCAAGUGCCUCGACCCGUCGUUGACCAUCAGCACAACCCGCUGCUGGACUACGACUUUCCGACGGCCGCGCUACGGCGUGUCGCGCCACAUCCCUGCGCCCCGGAGUCCGAUGACAGCCGACACUACUACGACAUCCCAAAGUGGGGCGCUUCUGGCGCCCCCCUCCCCGCGGCUCCGUCCAGCAAGCAGCAGUUGCGGCUCAGCAUCCCCGACAUACCCGCACCUCCUGUGCCUAAUGACUGAGCGUCCUGCAGGUCGGGAGAGUUCUCAGGCCGCCCAUAUCGUAGCCUAGGCUGCAGCUCAGACGAGCAGCUUGAAGGGGGAGUGGUAUAUCUAUAUUGAAAACAAGUUAUGUGCUGUAUCUGUUCCCCGUCUUAUAAUGUAAGAAAUGAUGCUGAGAAGCGAGCAUUGAAUGUUUAGUGUCGGUGUUUGGCUGCCACAUUUCAAAAAUUGUUACCAGAUUAGGCAGAAUGAUUGGAGGGUGUAUGCAUGCUUCUUGCUUGGGCAUAUAUAUAUUUUUUUCUCUCGUCACUGCUGAAUCAAUUGAAUUUCUCGCAUAUCAGAAUCGACAAAAAAAGGUGAAAAAAUUUUGUAGACUGCUAGUGGGAUCUUCUUUUGCCUUAGAAGGUCCUCAAUUUGCGAGAAUGAUAAUGAAGGAAUCCAAAAGUUACUGUUGACGUUCCUUAUCACGCAGCUCUGCUUUACGCAGUGUCUGUGAUGGGCAUGUUCUCUCUUUGAAGCAGAGGUUGUAUUUUAUGUGUAGGUCAAUGUUUGUUUUUUUCUGUUUUGAAUCUCCAUCGGUUGCGGAACUUUCUUCUUUUCAUGAAGGAAGCUCUGGCCUGUUUGCUUCAGGUUGCUUUCUGCUUACCUACCUUUGUGCCAUUUUUGCACUUGUUAACAGACAACACUGUCACAAUUCUCUUCUGUUUAAUGCCUGUCUGAUUUUCGUGACCCAGUUAUUGCGGUCAAUUAAAAAUAUCGAUUUGUCAACAUUAAGCUUUGUUCCCGAAUUCCUGUUGCCUUUAGUGCAGAAAUCAGCCUACACUUAAAAGCAAGCAAGCUAAAGAAAUGGCUGUUAGCAAACAUGCAAGAAUUUAUUUGCUGCGUGCUCAUGCAUAUUAUGUGCCUUUCGGAUCAGUCUCAUUCAGCAUUUAAUAAAAUGCCAGAGCAACGUGCUCUUUGGCGUGAAUGCGGCUGAAUGUUGCUGCAGGAGAAAGAAAAAAAAUGACCAUGUAAUUAUUUUUGUAAGUUUGCUUAAUGUUGGGUGAACCUGUGCUCGUUAGCUAAGCCUGAACUAUUUUGAACUGACCAGUAUACCUAAAAGUGCACUGAAGUCUGAAAUAUAAAUUCUUGUGCAAUUUGUGUUUUGUGCAGGGAAAGUGCCAAAUCAGUUCAUGUACCAUACUGUUAAGCUGCCUAGACACAUCAUGUGUACGUUUGUCCCAAUAUAGGGGAAAAUGAUAGUGGAAUAUGUACACCUUAAUAUUCAUGUGUACUCUUGCCUCUAAAGCAAGCUUCAAAUACAACAUAGCAGCUUAUCGUGUAUGCAGUAAUUAAUAAUAAUGAUUGUGAUGUGACAGAUGACGUGAGCUUGAAAUUGUAUUCUCAAGAAAUUUUUUCUCGUCACAUUCAUUUUUUUAAUUAUCAUAACUAAGUGGUACUGUGUGUCCAGAAGUUUAGCCAGAUAUCUGAGCACAACUGCGCAGUGCUUGCUUAAGAGAACGAGUGGAUAAAUGCAUCUUCCCACAUUUACAGCAGCUGGCAGAAAUGCCUUCAGUUAUGCUCCAUGCACCAGCAUCAUUGUUGAAUCUGUGCAACGCACAUCUUACCUCAGAUGUUUCUUGUCAGCGGCUUUUCCUUGUCGCUUUGCCGGGAUGUAAUACCUCGAUAAACAUCUAGUCCAGAGAACCAAAACGCUGAGAGUCGUGGGCGCUGCUGAAGUGACUGAAUAGCUGCGAGCGGGAGUAAGUUAUUGUGAUGUUUCAUUUUGUGUGUGCGGUUUUUUUCCUCUUCCUAUUCGUAGUGUUAAUUUGGACAAGCAAGCCUCAAUUUCCACUUGCAGUCCUUCACAACAGUCAUAUUUUGUGAUGGGUGCGACUUUCUUGCUCACACUUUGUUAGUCAGCUUGGCGAGAGCGAAUCUCCCUUGGACACUGUUACUAUUUCAGCGAGUUGCCGCAUGCACGCCCGCAGGAAGGCUGCAGGCAGGGCAACAUAACCUCAAACAGCUCGAGUGUGGCCAAGUUUUGGGCCAGCUUUGCCGCGGAGCAUUAGAGAAUAUUCCUUCAAAUCUUAUUUCGAUCUUCCGAUUAGAAAGGAAGGAGCUCCUACCAAAGAAAACUGCAACGUCACGUGAAGUUACCAAAACGGUGACGCGUAUCGUCAUUCUUCUUUAGCUACACAGGUUAAUAAAUGUGACGAGGCGUUGCCUCUGCCACAUAGCUGAAGUGCAAAAUGAAGAGUUACAUGCUCGGUGCCUUUUUUUUAAUUACUUUGGAAGGCACUACAUUUGGGAAAUGAGAAACUGUUGGUUCUUUAAGCGUGCGCUUUUGGCAUCCAUCGUGUGCUUUUCACCCGCAAGCCAGACGAGACGUGUGCUGCUUUUAUAUGCUUUUCAUAGGCGCAGUGCGCGUGUCGGUUCCGACCAAAUGACGCGGGUAUACUUGCCACCCUUGGUUGGAUGGGGUGUCGUUGCAAGAGGAUACCGUUUCGCAAGAGACGGAUACUGUACAAAGUGAGGAUAAAGACCCUGUUUGCGCUGGCUUUCAUUGCAACGUGUACACUGGUUGUCUGCGCCAUACAGUCUUUUAUUUUUGUCGCGUGACUUUAUGGGCAUUGUGCACCACCGUUUUUAAUGUUCUUAUAUCUGCGUGUGAUCGAGUCUCACGUAUACGCAGAAGAUGAGUGAUGAUGUUUCUCAUGCUCUUCAAUAAAUAUAACUAUACCAAGUC